AUGGAAGAACUACGGCCUGUUGAAUUACACACAAAGAUCGCAGCCUACCUGAGUGGACUUAUACUCUUCGCGGACUUACACUCUUGCGUGACGGAGUUGAGGCUGUUCCAUCCACGCAUCAGUCAGUUUCCUGUUCUGGCCCUGAAUCAGUUGAAAGAGCACAAUAUGGAUCAAGAUGGUCUGUUCUUGGCCUUUGCACGCGCCACAAUUUUCUACUUCGGGUUCGCUCUACUAGAGGAUGGUAACUCUCGUGUCAUGCGCACGAGAGCCAAGGCUCAAGACGCGCGUUGUCUUAAUCAAGACGCCAGGGCUGGGCAGAAUAUCGACCACCAAUUUCCCGGCGCAAGUCAAACUAACCUUACCUUGGUUGUGAAAAACCUACUUGCCGAUGCGACUCCCAAAUUCGACUUCAUGAAGUAUUAUUACCCAGGAGGAGGAGGAGGCGCAGGCACACUUUCGACCUUCGACUUUUCAAACCUUCAACGGCGGCCUGAGCUGCGUUCUUCACACGCGCAUCCUCUUCCAGCUAUUGUAAAGUGGUCUUGGAAGCGCCACCUGCAUGCCUGCUAUACGGGUCUGACUUGUGGCAGGUUCCACCAGGUAGGCUGUUUAAUUUUCUCUCGGAAAGAGAGUUCCGGUCCAGCCUCCAUGGGCCCCAACCGAUCAAAGCCUAAAGGGCCUUUUGGCUUGUCACACCGCCGGAAUCAUGAUUCACUCCUUCAGUCCGUACGGAGCCCCGGAGGUGCCAAGAUGCCGUCUACGUGGGCUCACGCCGAAGGGACUCUGGGAGACUCGGAAAGAGCGAUAGAUAGUAGUCUCCUUUCUGAGAUUUUCUCUCAUGAUCCAAUUCCGGUUGGCGAGGUCUCCUGCUCACUACCAGCACGCAUAUAUCACAGCAUCACUAGAGAAACGGAGAAGCAGCGGAAGAAAAAAAAAGAGUUCACCCCCCCGGUGCUGAAUUGGGAGUUACAUCUCUUGGUGUUCAUGCUGGAAAUCGAACUCGGAGCCUGUCGUCGAGUAGGCAUGUAUUGGGGCGAAUUAAUUACGGGCGCCGUCUGGCUGGUGGCGGGAAUGGCGUUGAGGGGGUAUAUAUGGGCUCCUUCCCAUGUGUAUUCAGUAGAUGGGAUGAAUACGCAUUUGUACACGGGAUCAUUGUCCCUCGCCCAUCUCGGCUGGAACACAGAAAGUGAUACGACGAUGCUCUAUGAUGAUCAAGACCAGCUGAUUAAAGAGUCAAUAUUUGCUUCUUACGCAACGAGGCUCCUCUCAAUGCUUUUUCCAAGUCAUUGGGAAGUCGAGUUCGGUUUAUUCAUUGCCUAUGCAAAGUAG